AAUACAGAACAAAAUAAAUUUUCGGCAACCUUGCUGCAGUAACGUCAGCUCGAUGCAGUGAUGCACCCGAUGCACCUGCCCAACCACCCGCGCCUUUGCGUGAACCAAAGUGAUAUCACUUUUCACUUUGUUUUGGUUUUUCUUUCGUCCUUAUCAUCAGCCAGUGCUUUUCCUUCGAUUUUCGUACGUGAUAGAGAAAUUGUGCCUACAAUCAAAAGGGCGCUGGGAGAAAGAUUUUAUCCUUGAAAAAUACUUUCCAAAAUACGUUCACGUUGCAUCUGUUCCCUCAACCAUCCAGCCUGGGCUACUUAGAGCCACUGAAUGGUUCAGGUACCAUUCAUCGAACUGCUUCGAACACGCAGCGACGACGAUCUCUACCCGAAACCAUAUACAUACAACAAAAUGAUAACCGCUGGUACUGAUAAGGAUUCGUCACCGGCGACCGAAUCGACGGACGAAGACGUCGACGUCUUCACCAGCUUAGCAGCGUGCCCCUGCGCUGCUUAAAAUCCUGCGGAACGAAAUCAGUCUUAAGUGAUUUCCAGCCGGUAGUGGACGUGUGCGAGUAGUUUCGUGUAUAUUCUGAGUAGUGUGAGAGUGAACCCGCUUUGUUAAUCGAGAAGGAUAUCGGUUCCUUAAAAGUAACGGAAAUUUCGUGAAAAGUGCCCUAGCGGAGCAAGCCCCGAAAUGGAUGAGUUUGCAUUGUGUUGGAACAAUUUUGCGGAUAAUAUUGCCACCGGGUUUCAGAACCUGUACGAUCGGGGUGACCUGGUCGAUGUGACCAUUGCCUGCGACGGGAAGCUGCUGAAGGCGCACAAAAUUGUGCUGGCAAUCUGCAGUCCCUACUUUCAGGAGAUGUUCGUGAGCAACCCGUGCAAGCAUCCGAUCAUCGUCCUCAAAGACGUCUCGGUCAACGUGAUGCAGGAGCUGCUGCAGUUCAUGUAUCAAGGCGAGGUCAACGUCAAACACUCCGAGCUGCAAUCGUUCAUGAAAAUUGCCGAAACCCUACAAAUAAAGGGCCUCACAGCUUCCCACAAAAACGAACGCAGCCCAACGCCAUCGGUGGGGCCCUCGCCGGCGCCAGCCCACCGCGCCUCCAGCACUAGUCAGUUGGAUCCGUCCAAGCUUAACUCCUACCUGGCCGCAGCGGCCAAAGAGAGCCUUAAACGGGCCGCCGAAAGCACCCCGGAAGCCUAUCCAAGCAUUCACUACCCCGUCAAAAAAGCCAUCAAACGGUCGACCGACAGUAUCGACCAGGAUAGCAACUCAGACUGCAUGGACAAUCUCAGCUCGGAUGAAGCGUUCAUCCCCGCUUCGCCGCAAAUUUCCAUGGUUGAGCAGACGCCUUCGUCGACAGCUUCGGCGCCUGCCCGUCAAUUCGAUCUGUCGAACGUAAAACGAGAAGCGACCGGCGGCGAUAGCCUGUCCUCGCCACAGCAGAGCCCCACUAAUUUGGCCACUUCGGCGGCAGCUAUCGGGGCGGCAGCGGCCGCCGCAAUUAAGUUGGGGUUUUCCAGCACACCGACGCAUCCGUCGUCGGCGGCUGCCGCGCUGCAUCCCAUGUUCGGCGGGUUUGAUCACAGCAAUGGGAGCUUCAGUGGGAUUGCCACCACUUUGGCAUCGAUGAGUAAUAGCGGGGCCAGUGGGGUAGUGUCGGCUUCGCGUGCUACCAGUGGAGUAAGUGGUAGUACAAAUGAGCUGAAAAUGGGCUCGAUGGACUAUGGUUCGGAUUACGGUUCCGAUUACGGCAAGGGUGUGCUGCCUCCAGGGCAUAUGGACAUUCCGGCGGUAGCUCCCGGAGAAAAAUGGUUCCAGGGCCGACUGCAGUUCAUGCUGAGCCAACGGGGCAAACCCCUGCUGGUGCACGACGGCCACUCCUUCGGCAUCCAGUACAUCCGCAAGGACAAAAAGUACUGGCAGUGCAAUCUGUCCCGCAAGUACAACUGCAAGGCGCGGGUCACCACAACGGACACCGGCGACAUCAUCGUGACCAACAACGAGCACUGUCACACGGAAAUUCGGCAGCACCUGCGCAAGGACUACAAAUCGAUGAAGCAGCUGAACGCCAGCCUGGCUGCGCUGCGAGCCCGGCGGGAACACGAAGCCAUCGUGGGCCUGGCCGGGAUUGGUGCGAUUUCGCAGCCGAUUUCGAUAGCCACCGAUCUGAGCAGCUUGAACAGCGUCAAUAAUAGCGGUUCGACAAUAGGGUUGAAUACUAAUGUUAAUAGCAAUAACGGUGCUAUCGGACCCGGCGGAGUAAGUGGGGCGUUGUCGAUGGUAUCUCAGCCUGCAUCGCAGCCGCCCCAGGAACAGGAAACUAGCCUUAAUUUGUCCACCUCGGGUAACUGGCAGCUCAAGAAGGAGUCGACGCCCACGGAGUGAGUAAGUACAAUAAUUAGACAAACACAAAUCAAUAAUGUUUACAAAGAUCAACGAUUCCACUAUGUUUUUACUUAUGAUGAGAGAUUAUCUUGUUGACUCAAUUAGGAUUUUAAGAAUUCAUAUUGAAACAUGGCCAAAGUUCUUUUUAAGUAGGUACUUAGAAUAAGCGUAAAGUUUUCUGCUUGUGCAAUAUUGGUUAAAGCUGUAGUUAGAAAUGUUUUUAAUUCUUGUUGUUUAACUUUUUUCUACAAUACAAACCUCAAUAAUCAAUUGGCAGCCACUUCAGAUUGAGCGGAAACUGUUCAGCCUUUUUAAUGUUAUAAUAGCAUUUAUUUCAUUUUUUUCAUGUUACGUUUUAGUUUAGUUCUGUUAUAUGUCGUAGGAAAUUACAUAUUUUUAUUUCUAAAUAA